UUAGUUUGGAAAAGUUCUAGCACCUGCAAUCCCUACAAGUUUUAGAGAAAUCAUCUCCGUUGUUCGAAGCAUAAUCGAGUCGGAACUGUGUUAUUAGCGGGGGGACGAGCCAGACGGAAAACUAGUUUUCGCGUCGAAUUUUGUUCAUCGACAGAUGGCUAACUCCUUGCAGAGAAUCUGGAACCGCGGGUGUGCUCUCCGUGGUACUAUGGCUCCUCUUUGCAGGUCAUUCUCCGCCGACUCUUUGGUUGAAGUCAAGCCCGGCGAGAUCGGUAUGGUCUCCGGAAUUCCCGAGGAACACCUUACCAGAAGGGUUGUAAUCUACUCUCCGGCUAGAACUGCAUCCCAGCAAGGAUCAGGAAAGGUCGGCAAGUGGAAAAUCAACUUUAUGUCAACACAAAAGUGGGAAAACCCAUUGAUGGGAUGGACUUCUACUGGAGACCCCUACGCCAAUGUAGGGGACUCUGCGCUAUCUUUUGACAGUGAAGAAGCUGCAAAGGCAUUUGCUGAGAAACAUGGAUGGGAAUAUGUGGUUAAGAAGCGCCACACACCACUUUUGAAGGCGAAGGCAUAUGCUGACAAUUUCAAAUGGAAGGGCCAUCCUGAACCCAAGGAGGCGUAAACUUGUUCACCACACUUUUUCUCAUCUCAUUUGAUCCUUAAUAGUCCACGGUUGGCGGAAGCCAAUGUCCCGGGUUCCCAAGGCAGAACAGACUGGAGGGUUUGUGUAGCCCAUUUCGGUGCUUAUUUCUGAGGAAGUUGGUUAUAAUAAGUGGAACCAUGGUGUGUACUCACUUGACCUUGUAACUUUUGUUAUCUCGUUAUGUUCCUGAUACAGAACAUUGAAUGAAAGCUCAUAUGCAUUUUGAGCAGUAUCUCGAGUAAAAAACGAGCAUAGGAGUUGUUUAAGUCAUAUUUUGUGCAAUGAAGAUAAUGUCUUUAGUACUCCAAUAGCUUGAUUCCGUGAA